AUGGAACGACACAACCUUGUUGCUGCUGCUGUUGAUCAACCGGAAGCAGUGGCUCCUCCCGAGCCAGGGGUAAUUGCUGGACCGGACAACGCAGGAGGUGAUGAUGCUGAUAUUCCAGUUGAUAACCAGGAUAUCGACAAUCGUGCCAAUGUCCUGAAUCAACCUCGGAACAAACCAUUGGGUCAGGACAUUGACAACGUUCUGGAUAGGGCACGUCAUCUGCAGGCAUUCCGGCAGGAAUAUGGAAUUACUGAGACUGUCGCCAGUGGACGUUUUAUCGAUCAAGAAUUCAUAAAGCUCCUCCCUGGCUAUUCUUUGUCCUUUACAUUCAACCAUGACACUGGGCAUUAUGUGCAAGUUAUCGAUUUGGCAAAAUUCUAUCAAGCCAAAGUGUUGUCUACACCUGGCGCUGUGGAAACGUGGUUAGCUGCAGUUUACCAUUUACAAAAUGCACUUAACCCAGACUUUCACGCCAUCCGAAAAGGUGCAUUUCUGAUUAUGGAAUGUGAUGGCUUUGACUGGAAGACCAAUGUGAACCUACGAAUCUUCACAAAGAUGUUCCAGGAGAUGGCAUCUUCCUAUCCCAAUCUCUGGCACAGUGUCAGUUUCUUUAACAGUGGUGUAUGCCUCAAUGUGCUCAUGUCCAUGGUCAAGAGGGUAUCUCCACCAGAGUUUCACAGAAACUAUGAGUUUGGUUGUGUCACAGAUAUGGGGCGCUUGGACACUCUAUACCUCACUCCCAACAUGGAAGUGGCCAACAGAAGAAUCUUGGAUAGGUUCACAGAAGCUCUGGAGCUAAGAUAUGCCAAUGAAGCCGCAUUCUCCUUGUAG